AUGGAAACACCACGGUUAAAUGACGAUCGUGCGGAAACAAUACGAGCAGACAACCCUCGACUUGAAGUAAUUCACCCAGAAGCUUCAAGAUUAAGUGCAUAUAAUAAGAUGUAUUCCCUAUCACAUGCUAGUACUUCAAGUUCACCGCACCUUCAACUUCCACGAACAACGGUUUUGCGGCGAACCGCUUCAAGUUUAUCUUUUCAAGCUUCAGGUUUAGAAGAAAAUAGUGAUGAUUUUGGCGAAACGUGUAUAAAUAAAUCAAUAAUAGGUCAUAAUUUUCAAAAUAACUGCGAUUAUGGUGAUAAAAGUUAUCAUGACCAACACCAUUCUUAUGAUAGUGAAAAGGAAAAGCAUGGUCAUAUCCAUUCACAUAAAAAUUAUCAUGAAAAUGUACUUCAUGAAGGACACUAUCAAAGUUCUAAUAUUAAACAUCUACCAACGUUAUCAUCUAUAUUUUCAUCGUUGCCUCCUUCACAAAAGACUUUAUUUACCUGGGGAACUGUACACCUUUUUCUAGGAAUUCUGUUAUGGCUAAAAGGCCAAUGGGGUUGUGGAUUAGCUCUCACCGGAUUUGCUUACCUCGUAAUAUUCGAUGCUUUGGGCGUAUUUACAACUUUUAUUUCAUCAGUUAUUGCAACAUAUCGAUCGUUAAGUGAAUCUACUAUACGGAAUCCUUAUGGAGUUCAACGGUAUGAAAUAUUAUUUGGAUUUACGAAUACAUUAUACCUCUUAUUUGUUGCUUUAUAUAUGUUGAAAGAAGGAUUAGAACAUUUCAUAUUAGAAACAAGUGAGGAACAUGUUGAAGAUCACAGUCCAGAUUUUCCAAUGGUUUGGGUUUUAUUGGCCUUAGUUGCAACCUUGGUUUCGGCUAUCGGUUAUCGUAACCACAGAGGAUUUUCUGCAUUAUCCCGAUCAGCAUCGUCAAUGAUAGGAACACAUCCAUCGCAUUAUUGGCAAUCUAAUGAUGGAUUUUCAAUAAUACUGUCUAAUUUAUUUACAUUAGCAACAUUACUUUGUGGUUUUAGCGUCAUCUUGGUUGGAGUCCUUACAGAGCAAAAUCAUUCUUUGGGAUGGCUAGAUAAAUUAGUAUCGAUAUUGGAAUCGAUGCUAAUGUUUUAUCUUGCAGGUCCCGUUGCUACUGCAUUAGGCAAAAUCUUGUUACAGACUACACCGGAUAUAGCAUUAAGAAGUUUAGAAGCGUGUUUACGAGAGAUUCAACUUGAUCCAAUAAUUUUAUCGUUAACAGCAACGCAUUUUUGGGCAAAUUCAUAUGGACAAUUGGUUGGCACGAUAUGUGUACAGGUUAAACCAGGUGCUAAUGAACAAACUGUGUUAGCAUACGUUUAUACUCGGUUAAGUCCGUUAUUUGUACACAAUGAUGGAGGCUUUAGUGAGUUAACUGUUCAAAUUGUAAAAUAA